ACACAAAUCAGACAUUGUCAGACAGAGAACAGGACACAGUGUCAGGUGACGCCUCUCCUCUUUUGCCAGGACUCCCCUCCUCCCAACAGUUAUGAUGUGACUAAGACCUUUGAGAAGGAUAAUGGAAUGUCCUCAGUGCCACGCAGUGAAGCAGCUAAGAGACGACAGAGCUGCUUCCUCUCAGCUGCGCCGCGGGACAUAUCUUUCCUACGACGUGACCCCAAUGUACCAGGUCCUGGGCAAUACAACCCCAGUCUGAAAUCAUGCUCUCAAAUGGCUUUGAUCUGCUCCAGAGAAGAUCGAUUCAAAGUGUCCAAAGACACCCACUGUGGACCUGGUGCUUAUCAGUUGAGUCCAACGAUCAUGAACACACUUCUGAAAGGUACCUUUAAUGUCACCCUCAACAACCCUCUGAGUUCCUGCAAUUUCUCUCGUGGGGCCCACACUGUCCCACCCCCCACCUCCAUUGUUAACAGCUCUUCCUGAAGCUCCUUAAGGGUCAAAGUUCAGAGGUGAGGAGGAUAAAAGGUCAAUAUUAAUUGCUUGAGAUUUGAAUUCAUAUUCCACAGGAAAUCUGAUUUGUCAUGAAUAUUUAUAGUUCUAGCAAUUUCUGAUGAAUGUAUUAAAGAUAAUGACAUUUUCAGUUAUUCAGUUGAAACAAUAUUAAGCUUAUUAAGUGAACAGAAAUGCAGAUGUA